AUGACCAGCUAUCCUGCUCCCACAGGCUAUGCCCCUUCCUAUUCAUGGAUUGGAGCGCCCACCGCUUUCAAUGGCACCAACCCCCUCUCGGGUGGUGACUCUUCCGUGGAGAAUCUCAAUCAAUGGUAUGCCUCUGGCGACCAAGCGUACAUUAUUGUCGCUUCGGCCAUGGUGUUGGUCAUGAUACCCGGCCUAGGAUUUCUCUAUUCGGGGCUAGCAAGGAGGAAAUCCGCUCUGACCAUGCUUUGGGUCACCAUGGCCUCCUUCUCUGUCAUCACUUUCCAAUGGUACUUUUGGGGUUAUUCGCUGGCAUUUUCGGCACAAGGGACAAGCGGCUUUAUCGGAGAUCUGAAGCAUUUCGGCUUGACCAACACGCUCGGUGCUCCGAGUCCUGGGUCGCCAUUGAUCCCCGAGUUGCUGUAUAGUUUCUAUCAGUUGCAGUUCUGCGCCACUACAGCCGCCAUUACAUCAGGCGCCGUCGCUGAGCGAGGUCGUGUGCUCCCCUUGCUGGUUUUCAUGUUCUGUUGGGCCACACUGGUCUACUGUCCAAUUGCUUGUUGGGUUUGGAAUAUCAACGGCUGGGCGUUCAAAUACGGUGUCAAGGAUUACGCCGGCGGCGGGCCCGUCGAAAUAGGCUCUGGCAUGUCCGCUCUGGCAUACUCUCUCGUAUUAGGGAAACGCCAGGAGAAGAUGAUGGCAAACUUCCGUCCACACAAUGUCUCCCUGAUCGUCUUGGGCACGGUCUUCCUUUGGUUUGGUUGGUUGGGGUUCAACGGAGGGUCUGCGUUUGGGGCGAAUCUGAGAGCGGUGCAAGCUUGCUGGAAUACCAAUCUGACGGCCAUGUUUGCUUCGGCAUCAUGGGUGCUUCUUGAUUUCAGAUUGGCACGAAAGUGGUCCAUGGUGGGUUGGUGCUCAGGCGCUAUUUCUGGCCUGGUCGCCGCCACGCCUGCAUCUGGAUACUGCACCCCCUGGGGGUCGAUCGUGUUGGGCGUCGUAUCGGGAGUGGUCUGCAAUUAUGCUACUAAGGUGAAAUACUACUUACGCAUUGACGACGCAUUGGAUAUCUUCGCUGAGCACGCUGUUGCGGGAAUGCUCGGUCUGAUGGCCAAUGCGCUUUUCAGCGCAACCUACAUCAUCGGACUUGACGGUGUCAACACUGGCAUCAUCACCGGCGGCUGGAUCAAUCACAACUACCGCCAAUUCUACGUUCAACUCGCCUAUAUCCUCGCCGUAAUCGGGUGGGCCUUCACCAUGAGUCUCAUCCUAGCUUAUGGCAUCAAUUACAUCCCAGGGCUCCACCUGCGAGCAUCGGAAGAAGCUGAGCUCUUGGGCAUGGACGAUGACCAGCUUGGUGAAUUCGCUUACGACUACGUCGAGGUCAGACGAGACUACCUGGCGUGGACACCAGCGAGUACAGAGCCGCGAAAGGGUGAGGUCGAUCUACCGCAACAUGAAAGACACGGUAUUACGGAACAGAAAGAUAUGAUAAUGGGCAGGGAGCCGGGCGAGAGCAGCAGCCAGGACAGUGGAGAGCAGCAUACCGGGGUGGGAGGUGAUAGGCAUGCUGUCAAAUAUGAGAAACAGCAGCAUUAA